AUGGAACGCUUAAAUAGUUUGGAAAAAGUUCUACCCCCGGAGCAACCUCCUACGAAACAAGCUAUUGAAUCUUUAAAUAGCGAACUUUCACAAGAUUUUAAAAUAGCCGCCAAUGCGGUUGCCAAGUUAUAUAGGGUUGCAAACGAAAAAAAUUCGCUAUGCAAGUAUCAAGGUUACUUAAAUUGUCUAGAUGACAUUUUAGGUCUUUUAAAUGAUGGUUCCGUGACGUCAGUCGACGAUAUCAAACUUUGGUGUCUCAAACAAAGAAACGACAUUUUGCCAAGUAAUAAUAAUGAUCAGAAGGCCCAUGGGAAUCAUGAUUUCAACUUUUGUAACACAAAUGAAGCCAACAAUAAUAGUUCGGUGCCCAAGUUCAAGCUGUCUAUGCCUCCUUUAUCGGUUGAACUUUCUGAUACCGCAGUUACUGGUGUAAAAUAUAGGAGAAAAUGCCUUAAAGCAAAACGGGAGGAUAUCGCAGAGGAUAAGACCUCAUUUGAGCGAGAAAAUCUACCUAUUACGUCGCAAAAUGAUUUGAAAGAACUCAAUAGAGUUCCCGGAAUUAACAAGACUCACGAUUCAAUGGCCAUCUCCACUACACUAUCUAAGAAACAAAAGAUCGCUUUCUUCCGUGAUGAGAUGAGAGAAACGUGA